GGGCGAGUUAUGGCUCGCUCCUCUGAGGAUCAUUAGCCAUGAAGCUCGCGGGCUUCGUUUGCCCCCUCCAGCCCACGCUUAUCAAGAAGUCGCGAGUAAAUGCCCCUCUUGCCAGUGAUAUGCCAGAGGUAGUUGUGACCUCUUCAGGUUUUGAAGUUCUCGAAGAUCGAGGUGGGUGACCUCGAGCUCCGGUGCUGCUGCCUGUUGCGCUUCAGUCGAGGUUUCGAUGACCGUUGUUGCAGCGCUUGUGUGUUUUUGUUUGACAUUUGAGAGGUCUGGUUUUCUCGGGUUUUGAAGCGCCAGGAGCUGAGCGAUUGCGACUCUUCGUUGUUGCAAUCAAUGCUGUUGGAGAACAGGCCCUGCGUUGGUGUUUCAUUAGUGUCUCGCUCCUCUCUUUGAUUAUGCCCUGGCGUGGACCAACUGGUCAAGCGAAUCGUCGUCAUUCUCGGAGAGUUUCGGUAACUAGCAGGUAGAGUUUAGUUGAGGAAAGAUAUGACAUUUCUGGCGGAAGGGGACACUGAGGUGGACCCACAGCUCGGGUACCCGCAUGCCUAUCCCAAGCUUUGCCGCCAUGCCUACUCCACCGGAUUGCCCAUGCCCUUCACCCAAGGCCCGCCACAACGCUUCGUGCCGUUUUCUCCUCAGCCUGAAGAUUUUCAGCUCUUGAAGGACUGGGAUAGUGUUUUUCCAGUUGUUGCUGAAAGUGAGAGAGAUUCCUCGAAUGCUCAGAAAUUUGCAGAAGAGCUUUGGCGGCAGCUUGAUCACCUCGGGAAUGCAGGCUUCGAUCCGGAGAAAUUCCGAGUCGACCCUUACGGAAAUGUUGUGCACUGGAAUGCCGAUCCUUCGUCGCCGCUCGCCUGGGACAUCGAUCACUGGUUCCCUCAGUCACGAGGAGGAAAGACAGAGUUGCCAAACCUUCGUAUAGUGCAAUGGCAAGCAUACGCACGGAAACGGAAUCGCCUUGAGUUUUUAGUACCGUGGUGGGAUUUGCAGCAUGGGUGCUCCAUAAACCAAUUUUUGUCGGCCUUCGCUGCAAAGAAUGCCGAUUUCAGGAAGCGGUCAUUUGCGUUAUUCUUUUCAGGAGGAGAGGACGAGUUAGUUGCCAGAGAGCAUGUAGGUGAAUGCCGUCCAUGGCCUCAGCAGUUCCGCGAAAAGAAGGCGCUGUGCGGACUGGCAGCAGCAGGUAUAGUGACCGUCUCUAAGACUGAUUCGGGAGGCGAAGGUCGAGCUUCAGUUGGAUCUGCUACAGCUCCAACGAGCGUGGAAGUAUCGCAAAUUUUAGGCUCCUAUCCAUAUGGUGCAAUUUUAGGAUCUCCAAAUUGGACUGCUGAAGAAGAAGAGGCUGUGAAGCGAGGAGUCAACAAGUUCGGACAUGGCAGCUGGAAAGAGAUCAAAGAAAACGAUUCUGCUCUUACCAAUCGAUCUGCGAUGCAGCUAAAAGAGAAGUACCGGUUUAUGAGAGCGGUGUCGCGGAACCUUGUGCGGGAAAACAGUGAAUCUGGUCAAACUGACAUUUCAGGACGUCAAUCUGCAGCAACAACCGCAUUGCAAAAGGAGCUUCGCGUGAAGAUUAUGAAAGAAGAAGAGAAACGGGAGAGGGAGGAUGAGCUAGCACAGUUGGAGGGGACGGUGGUUAAGCUGAAGCUUGAGAGUGAGAAAGAGAGGAUCAAGGCUCAGGAACUCGAGGCCUUGCUCAAGAAACACAAACACCGUUUGGAAAAGCAGCGGAAAUUGGCCGAGAGCCAGACGUCGUACCGUCUCUGCUUGGAGCGAGUACUUCGCGAUACGAUGCAUCAGACUUUGUCGUAUAAGGAGCAGGCGCGAUUAACCCGAGAAGCAUGCAACGUUCUCAUCGCUCGUAUCGACUCCGAGAAGGCCUCAUGCGAAGCUAUGGAAGGCAAGCUUCUCCAGCAACACUCGCGGAGAGAACAAUUGGAAGCCACAGCAGUUCAAGGCAAUGUGAAUGGCUGCACUACCACGGAUCAGAAGAAACAGGUCACACGAGGGCGAGAUAUUGUUGAUGUUACCAGCUGUAUCUUCCUCCGCGCAGCAGACGAAGAAGACGAUGAGGAAGAAGAGAAGCUAAUAAUGAAUGCGAACCAGUUGUCUGAAAGCGACACUAAUGACGAGGGAGACGAAAUUUAUAAUUUUCGACGAGACCAUCAGCAGGCCGCUGCACGAAAGUCGCUCGUCACACAUGCAAUCAAAGUUUUAAUGCAGGUCGAAGACACGAAAGAAGCGGUCGAGGUGUUGCCACGGAAUUCACCACCUAAGCUUGAGGCCGAACCGUCAUGUCCGAAGUACUUCAGGGAAUCUAGAAAAGGAGCAGUAGAGAUGAGAGAGAUGCUGAAACCACAUCAAUGGUACAAAGCCGACAAUGAAACUCUAGAAAGUGAGAGCGAUUGCGACUUUGCCGAUGACGAAAUGAGCCCUGCAAUUCGCCUCUCCACAGAUGCUGCGUGGAAAGAUGAUGAGAACUUGUUGAGGGAGUUGUCUCAGUUUCACGGAGGGCCUAUUUCUGAGCUUCGUGACUAUUGUGCUCAAAAUUCAAAUCUACGUGUAAAUGAUUUGAACAUGGCGGACAGAGAUGCCUUCGAGCGUGGCCGGCCUCCGCUAUCAGAACCGGCCAUUGACAUCCCAGUUCCAAGUACUAGAGAGUCAAGAUCUGAUUCCAAACGAGAAGUUCCGAAAGAUGUCAUCAUGGUCCAAACCGAGCGCUCCAAAGCAAACGCAGACACUGCGGCAUCGUGUGAGCAAAAGUAUGUAGAUAAGCUUUACAAGCCAACCCGAUUCCGAACACCGACGUCGGAGCUGACGGGAGAGGCUAUAGCGGGAGAUCCUCCGUCUGAAUCCAAAGGACAUCUGGACGAGCUUUUGGAGCAAAUACUGGAUACUCAUAUGGACAAUGUUCGUCAAAACGACGCCAAGCAGCAUCAAAGCAAUGACAUCGAUGAGGAAAAACUAAAAGAAAUUGGAAAGUCGAAUUUGGAUAAGUGGCUGCAGGUUUUGCUCUUCAAGGAUGCAGAAUCUCCAUGCUCAUCUCCUGGCCGUGGCACACCUCUUCAGGCGACAUCCCCAGCAUUGUCUUCAAUGAGUGUGGCAGUCAUGCGCGAGAGCCUGGAGCGUGCUAGACAGCAGGAGUUGAUGAGCAGAGACGACGAGAAUGUCGAAGGACCGAAGAGCUUGUGGGGAGCCUUACUCAGGAAGAUGAGCGCGAAGCAACAGUUGGAGUACGAGAGCGCGGUGUUCGAACCUAAGGAAGAUUAUGACAUCGUCGACGAAGCCCGAAGCAGUGACGCAGUGAAGCCGCUUCCAAAGAUCUCUCCCACCACUGACUUGGCGACCAAGCAGAAGCCGGUCAGCGGAGCCCUGACAGAGGGGAGGGGCUCCGGCUGCGAUUCAGAUUGUGCGUUGCCAGGACGGUCCGGCGGAAACCAACUCGACAGCAUUGUUUCCAAUCUCCGUCCCAAGGACGCGAACAUUGGCUCCGCGAACGAGCCAAAUCCUCUCGCAAAUGACUCCUCCGUCUCCCGGAAGACGGACAGGAGAGUCGAAGACGGCGUGCUUGAGACCCAGCCAUCCUCCUUCGAGAAGCGCCACUCCCCGCGACCUCUCUCGGACGUGGAAGAAACCUCGGAGACCGAGAGCACUGACAAUCUGAAUCAGAGAUCGAAGGUCCCGACGCCGGAGAUUAAACACCCUCACGGAUCGAAGAUACGAUCCAUCAAAGUCGCUGCCUUCGUUGGGUGGAAAAAAUCUUCCAAGUCGAAGCCGAUGAUCAAAUCGUCGCACGUCGAUGAGGUGGCGCAGCUUGCUUAGACCUAUCCAACUUUCGAAACACUGUACAUUGUCGUGCUUGACCUGUUUUUUUCCAUCGUGAUCUCCUUCGAGUAACGACGAUCUUUCAAGUGAACUUCAAACCCUCUAUUAGUGACGAUCUUUUUAGGAAGUUCCAUCGAUGUCAUUGCGAUGUCGGUAACGACCAGUGCUCCUGCGAUCGGUCUCGCUUGAUGGGUCACCUGUGAGCUGAAGCAAUGACAGAACUGAAGCCGCCCCCACAUUUCUUUUGGAGUUUGUUUUCUCCUCUUCUUUUUCAACGAGACCUGUAUAUAUGCACCCCCUCUAGGGGAAGACGGAAUUUUUUUCUUUUCCUCGUAUGUGAAGGAAAUGUGUGGGGAGGCCCUGAUUUGUAAAACAAGACCUCAGUCCUCGGGAACUCGGUCCACCGCGGUGUCUCUUUAGAUUCGCGGUGGCCCGUUUCAAGCUACUUUUACCUUUUGUUGUAUAAACGAGUUUGUAGUCUCCUUGAAACGAUUGAACUAGUAGGACGUUAAGAAAGUAACAGCGAGCUAUUUUCAGUGAUCUAUGGGGCAGAAGACUUAUUUAUGUCCUUUAGGUAGGUUGGAAGAUAUUCUAUAACAUUGAGAGGUAAGUUCAAUGCCAAAAGUACUUAGUAUUCUAAAUCCAAGAAUCUUUGAUGAACUGUCGAAUUGAGUGAUUUACAACCUGA